AUGAUAACUAAGGAAAAUAAAGAAAUUAGUGUUGUAGCGAGUCAGAAUGAAAUUGAGCUAGGAGAAUCCUUCGAAGGAGAGAAGAAUGAAGUCCAGAUUGAAUUAGACUUUCUCUCACAUCAUGUUGAAACUGCUGAGUUCGGACGUCGGACUGACAAGAAAAAGAUUUUAAGGAGUACUGAUGAUCAAAGAGGUUAUCCUGCCGAACUAAAAGAAGAGCCGGGAACAACAAAUUCUCGACGGAGUCUUGAUACAUUGAGACACUCUACACCUGUCUGUUCGGUUCAGGUUGACUUGCUUGGCGAGGAAAAGUCACAGAUGGAUCAAAAGGAGAUCUCUCUUAGUGACAAGAAAUGUUUACUACUGCAUAGUGGUUCCAAUCUUCCCCAAGUUUCCAAAGACUUGCAAAAUUCUUUUGGCCUCCAAAGAAAUCUUACAGAGCAACUUGCCGAGGUACAGAACCAACGGCAUCAGCACAAGCAAAGCUGUCAUUUAAGAGUUCAGAAUGAUCAAACUAAAAUAAUGAGUGGACAGCAAAUUAGUCGUGUGCAGCUGAAGAAAGAGCAGCAACAUCCCAGGUAUCCAAGGAAGAUUCACAAAGAAAGUAAAAGUGAUACCGCUACAACUCACAAAUCAGGACCCCCAAUCAAUACGCCUACAAGUUAUUCACACUCAACUCCCUUUAGCCGGGAGAAGCCAUUAUAUUCACGAGAUGAACAAGAACGAUUGGAAUAUAUUGAGGCACAGGAGGAUGAAAAUCUCAAUUUCAUACGGGACAGAUCAAGUAACUGCCUCCUUCGAGUACAUCCGAUGCAACCACAUGGUUCUAGACUGCCGACAUUCGACAGUGUCGACAGUCGUCCACAUGUCGACAAGCUGCAAUUACUGAAUACUGAUACCGCUCCUUUAAUCUCCCUUAAGCUCGACUCUAUUAUACAAGCUAAGUCAGCUGAGGACUCAGAAAACUUUAUGCAACAUCUGGACGGCUAUGAUCUUGCUGGCUAUAAUAGGCCCACUCAAUCUUGCUCAACAAAAGAUGAACGCGAAAGAUGGCGACGCUCUGGAGCACAAGUCUUUCACCAGGGAGAGCAUAGGCCCCCAAAACAGCCACAAGGUCAGCCAUUUUCAGUGAAUUCUGUUUUGCCAAAGCAACGUAGUUCUACACUCCCGACGCUUUUAAACGCAGCCACAAAUGCCACAGGUGGUGCUUCUUACCAGUUGGUUGAAAAAUCUGGAAGAUGGGAGCCGGGCGAUAUAUGUCAGGAGCUAGGUCAAAGAGGCUCCAAAACACGACAAGCCUGCCAGGAUCGUUCAGAAUUGUAUAUCAAAUCGCUGCGAAAUUCACCGAAAAGAAUGGCGCUUGAGGUUCAAAAGAGUGGAAGACAGGGUCAGGCACAGACCAAUCAGAUGUGUCGUCCCAGAAUUUCAAAACAAGAACGUGACAAGGCCACUAAACCAGGUACACUUUGCGUUAAAUAUAGCUAG